AUGUCGCAGUCGUUGUUACAGACGUCAUCAUUAGUAUCCGUGUCAUCAUCAUCAUCAUCAUCUCAAAUCUCUGGAUUUAUUCAAUGUAUCAGUCAACAAUUUCGUGUUAAAUCAGAGUAUACUGUACUAAUUAAAAUCACUUCAAAUGUAGACUGUUUUUGUCAACCUGUCUAUCAUGUUUUAGUCAAUUGGCCGAUAGUAGAUCAUUGUGAUUUUUCAUCUACUAAAGAUAAAUGUAUAGAAUUUUUAAACAAAUGUCGACUAAGAAGUUGGAUUCGUAUCUUUAAACUUAAAAAAAGUAGAAUUUAUCAUAAACAAAAUCGUGAAAAUAAAGUAUGGGUUUUUAUACCAGAUGAAACAUUUUACGAAUCUUAUUACUACAAUGACACUACUAUGCCUUCAUGUUAUUCUCCUAAAUGUCUAUCAUCUCAUAUUGGAUUAAUACCUUCAAUGAAUUUCCAUAUUAUACGUGUACAUACCAAUGGAAUGUUUAUAGAAUUAAAAUGUAUAAAUUAUCAUUUAUCUCAACAAUAUUAUCUACUAUUCAAUAAUUUUCAAGCUUUACAAUCUACAAAGAUGUUAAUGAAUACAGAUUAUAUUAAAUUAUCAAAUAUUUGGUGUUUUAACAUUAAUUAUCAUGCUGUUGAUGAUGAAUGUACGAAGUUGUAUGCUAUUCUUAUUCCUGGUAUAUAUUCAACAGUUGCUAACAAUUCACAUUAUAGUCUAAAGUCAAUUCGAUCAUUUGGCAAACCGAUUCAAUGCUAUGGUGAAUGUUGUAAUGAAGGGAGACAAUUUGAUGGAAACAAUUUCUUAUUAUUAUUACAUGAUUUACAUUAUCUGGCUUAUAUAUCUAUGGAGUGUCAAAUCACUGGUUUACACAAUGAACCUAUGCAUUUUAAGGUAAAUACAUCAGGCAAACAAGAAUGUACAAUGCCUGAUUUAUAUCAACGUGUCUUGUCGGCUAUAUACAAACGAGUAUUGAGUACUAAAUAUACAAUAUAUCAAUAUACAGAAGAUUUUAUACAAUUUCCAUUCAUUCCUUCAGAAUUACAAUGUAAUCAAUUCUAUUGUUUAAUGAUGAAGAAUUAUUUUAAUUUAGUCAAUAUAAUAUCUAUUCUUGAAAGAGUUAAAAUUUUAAAGAGAUUAAAUAAUGAAUCAAAGCAAUUAUAUAAAUUUAUAACAUCAAAUCAAUCUGUUGAAUGUAUACAAUGUAUUCGUUUUGGACAGAUGCCAACAACAACAACAACAACACCAUCAUCAGUGAAAUAUACAUCGACUACUAAUUAUUCUAGGUUUGAUUAUCAGCAUAUAUGGAAUGUUGAAAUAUACAACACACGAUUAUUAUUGAAACUUGGCUGUGAAAUAGUUGAAAACAGUUAUCUAUUGAUACGCAUAAGUUAUUCUGAUCCACUUCCUGAAUCUUUUCUUAUUGGACAAAUCGUCUGGUGUAAUACACAAGGUUGCUUUCAUUUUCAAUCAGUACAGAGGAAUACUUUGAGUAUACCUUGUCAUGUUACCGCCGAUGAUAAUUUCAUUUCUCUUCCUUUGAUUUUUGAUGUAAUGAAUGGAUCAGAUGAAAUACAUCCUUUUGUUAUACCAUCAAAUUACAGUUUAGUAAUAUUGAAAGAUGUACGGUUGAUCUAUGAAGAAUAUCCUUCUUCUUCGAUUGAGACAAUGACUUCUUCAAAUGGCUCUGAUAUAUGUUAUGCAAAGUCAUCAUCAUCAUCAUCAUCUUCGUCUUGUAGCUGCUCUCAAAUGUAUAUUUAUGCGAAAGAAAUUAUUCCUCUUCAAAUAAAUUAUACACCUGAGAAAGUCAAUUUAAGUCGAUUGUUUUCUUCGACUACUAUUUCAUCUAAUGAUAAUUUUGAUCCAUCAAUCGAAUUUAAUCCGUCACAGAAAUUAUUAUGGUCAUAUAAAUUUGUAGGGAAGCCAAUAGAUACUACUGAUAAUACUAUUAGUAGUAGUAGCAGUAGUAUAACUGAUACCAAGUUAAGUAAUCAUCAGUACACACCAAAUAGUCAUUCAGAAUUAAUUCAUUUAUCAUUGAUUGGUGAUUUAGCCUAUCGAUGGUAUUACACAUUUCGUAUUGGUGGCCAAUAUCAUUUAACCUGGUACAAAUAUGAACAAUUGAUUCAUGUUUCUACUAUAAAUCAGUCAAAUUCAUUUAAUGAAAUAUAUUCAUCGCAUAGUUUCAUCAAUCUGUAUGAUAUUCUUUUAAACAAUCAAUCAUCUAACUGUUCAAUGAUCAAUUCUCAGUUCAAUUUUCAAGUGAUAAUUUUGUUUAAAUAUUAUCGUAUACCAUAUAAUGAUUGGAUAUUAUGGGUUACAGAUUCAAUAUCUCAGUCAUCUAAUGUAAUCAUUAAAACAGAAUGUACAUAUCAGUUAAACAAUAUCUAUAAAAUACGCCUAUGUAAUGAUGAAAAAAGUAAUAAUAAUAUGAAAUUAUUAUUAAUGAAUUUAUCUAAGGUUGUAUUAUGUAAAUUAUAA